AUGGAAACAGAGGCAGCACAAUUUUUCAUGACAGCGCUGCGACUGGCCGGUCGCAUGGACACACGGCUGAACUACAACACGGUCACGAAAUCAGAACGGUUAAAACUCACACGGACGUUCGAGUUGGACGACGAAGAUUUCUCUGUUGAAUCGAUUGAUGCCAGUCCAUUCUUCCCGCUGUUUGUGGUUUCGUACACCUCCGUGAGCAACUUUCAUCGCUCCAAGAUCGUGGUGUGGUCCUUAAACAACAAAUUGCCAGAGAAGGUGCUGAACACCUCGACAAGAAUUAAAGUGGUGCAAUUUUCAAAAACCAAAUCGAAUAUCAUCUAUGGAUGCGGCAUGAAUGGGAAAUUGGUGACGUGGGACCUAAAUUCGCAUUCUUCGUUUACACUGGGAGAGUCCAUGAAGUUUAGAAAUUGCCAUAGUUUCCCAAUUGUGGGAAUGGUUCAAGACUCGGGAAAGAGCUAUACCUGUGGGAUUGAUGGUGUAGUCUGUUUUUGGUCGCUUUUCAUCGAUACUGGUGGACCAAUGGGAAACCCUAUUCAGCUGGUGGAUGAUACCAAAGGCGAGGAACUGAGUAUUAGUGCAUUAACGAACUACGAAGGAGACUCAAUAGUUGGGUGUGAGAACGGUGACGUUUAUAGGGUCAAGCUUGAGACCGGAAAACUCGAAAAGCUAACUUCGCAUAUCAAGGGUCUGGUUACCGGUCUGGAUGUUGACCCUGAGUCUGCCACGGUGAUCACAGCAGGUCUAGAUAAGACUAUCCACCAGAUUGAUCUCAUUUCGAAAUCAGCACAGACAAUUAACCAGAAAACGGUGGUGAUGGAUCUGAAGUUCCAGGCCAAGGGCAAACGACAGAACUUUGUGACGGUUGAUCUCGAUGGAAAUGUCAUGCUGUGGAAUCUAAAGGACUCACUGGAACCACUGGAGACGAUUAGGGUAGAACACGGAUUGAAUAAGGUUAUGUGGUUUUCUAACGAAAACAUCUUUCUGUGUGGAGGAGUUCGUGGGGAAGUUCAUCUGUUUGAACUGAGAGAUAUGUAA